AUGUCGACCGAGAUUCGCCGUAUGUCACCAAGUGCGCGAGCCAAGCUGAAAGAACGUGAAAGCCUCCAGACCACACCCUACCGAGAUGCGGGAGGGUCCAUGGCCAUCGGAUACGGCAUUAAUCAAAAGUGGCAUCCUGAGGAAUAUGAUGCCAUCGUCGCAAAUCCUACCAUUGAACAAUGCAACAAGAGCUUUGAUAGGGUCCUUGCCAAAUUUGAAAGAGACGUUCAGAAGAGAGCUCCCAAUUACCAUGAGUGUAAUCAGAAUAUGGCCGAUGCCAUCCUUAUGCGUGCUUAUAAUGCAGGUGCCGAUGGCGCUCUAAAAGAUCUCAAGGGACCAAUGCAGGCUAGGGAUUGGAACGAGGUCGCGAGACGAAUGGGUAGUACUUGCACCAAACACAAGGAUGGGGGUAGCCUAGCCAAAAUUAGGAAAGAAGAUCAGGAAUUAUUUUCAUCGUCAAUGAACCUCGGACCCGAAGGCCACGAACCACAUCACGAUACGACCGACGUCAACGAAGCAGACCAAUCAGACGGUGACAAAUUUGAACCCCACGGGAUGCCAUUCGCUCGAAUCGAUCUAGGCCGCGGCUGCCAUUUCGGUGCGGGCCUUGAUGAUUCUGGCAACGCGCGAGUCCAGAUUGGCUUCAACUGCAUCACAAUGUGA